AGAUUGGUUCAGAUAAGUUACUUUAUUCGUUUGGAAUUUUGAUGGGAGAGCGGUAAAAGAACUUCUAAAUAAAAUUUUAGAAAGAACUUCAUAAGUAUUCAAUGAAUAAUGUGAUCUUUGGUAUCUUCUACCAAUUAUCACACUAGCAAACUGUUCCUGCCAUCCUUUUACAAAAUCGUAAUGAGCAAGAGACGCCGGACUUCAUCCGUGGCCAGCCGAGGGGCUGACGAUGAUAGUGACGACGGACUCAGCAACCCUGGACCACCUCCAUCAUCAAGAAAGAAGAAAAAGUUGGACCCUAGUGAAAUAUGCCAGCAACUUUAUGAUACUAUAAGAUCUUAUAAAAAAGAAGAUGGUAAUUUGCUAUGUGAUUCUUUCAUAAGAGCACCAAAGCGACGUCAGGAACCCCAGUAUUACGAAGUCGUCUCGGAACCUAUUGACUUGUUGAGGGUUCAACAGAAGCUAAAAACUGAUACUUAUGAAGAUAUAGAAGAAUUGUCAGCUGAUAUAGAGCUUCUAGUGAAUAAUGCUAAAGCAUUUUAUAAGCCUGACUCGGUGGAGUAUAAAGAUGCCAUUGACCUGUGGAAAUUGUAUACUCAAAGUAGACAAGCUCUAGAAAAUGGUGAUGACAUAAAAACUCCCAAAUUGUCCCGUAAUGGGUCUUCAAGUAGAAGAUCAGAUGUUGCAGAAGAUCUAUCUGAGACUUCUACAAACAAUGAUGAUGACAAUAUUUUUGAAGAAUUAUUUAAUGCUGUAAUGCUUGCAAAUGUUGAUGGCAGGCCUCUUUAUCCCGAUUUUCAAUUUUUACCUUCAAAACGACGCUAUCCUGAAUAUUUCAGUGUCAUAGACAAUCCCAUAGACUUGAAAACAAUAGCACAAAAAAUACAAGGGGGCGAGUAUUUGACUCUCACUGAUUUGGAAAAGGAUCUGCAACUGAUGGUUAGGAAUGCUUGUCAUUUUAAUGAGCCUGGUAGCCAAAUUUAUAAGGAUGCUAAAGCAUUGAAAAAGGUAAUCACAGUGCGUAAACAAGAAAUCGAUCAGCACGGCCGCAGUGGCCCCGCAAAAACAUCAGAGCGUAUUCGUAGCAAGCGCACUUCGAGAGUCGGACCUGUGCCAUCAAGUAAAGCUCUAGCUAUUAUGGAACCUCCAGGAUCGGAUCCAGAGCCUGAAGUCAAGCAUUCCGAAGAUAGUGCUGCUGACAGUGAUGAGGAGAAAAUGGAAAAUGAAGACUCUCCACAAUGGAAGUUGCUGGAAGUUAUCAAAAAUCAUUUGGGUCCAAAUGGAACCCCAAUGUCAGAACCUUUCUGGAGACUUCCAUCGCGGAGAACAUAUCCUGAUUACUACAAAGAGAUUAAAAAUCCAGUAUCCCUAAACCAAAUCAAAAACAAAAUCAGGCGUGGAAGCUACGGCACUCUCUCAGAAGUGGCUGGUGAUAUGAACAUCAUGUUCGAAAACGCUAAGCAAUAUAAUGUGCCUACUUCAAAGUUAUACAAAGACGCCGUGAAGUUACAGAGGUUGAUGCAGCAACGCGUUCAAGAACUAUUGGACAUAGUUCCGAGCUCGUCCAGUGAUGAUGAGAGUCUCUCCUCAGUGAAGAAUCAAGUCAAUACUCCCCGACCGAGAGGUCGUCCCCGCAUAAAUCCUCCGCCAGUGUCGGCGCCUUCGCCCGCGCCAUCGCCUUCCAUCUCCAAGCUCAAUGUGCCUUUGAAAAAGAAACUCCACUACAUAGCUAAACAACUAGUCGAGUACACGUGCCCUGACGGUCGGAAUCCCAUGCUCCUCUUCAUGGAGAAACCGAGCAAGAAACUAUAUCCUGAUUACUACAAUGUCAUCGAGAGACCCAUCGAUAUGCUCACCAUUGAAGCUAAUAUUAAGAACGAUCGUUAUAACAGCGUUGAGGAGUUAGUAUCAGACUUUCGACUGAUGUUCUCUAACUGCCGUCAGUUCAAUGAAGAAGGUUCCAUGAUAUACGAAGACGCUAAUCUCUUAGAACGCGUUCUCAACGAACGCUUAAGAGAUCUGAACAGUGGCCACGAACGAAAGACACCUAUAAAACUCAUAAAGACUGUUAAAUCAAAGCAGCUGACACCUUUCGAACAAAAGUUGAGGACUUUGUAUGAUGCUAUAAGGGACUAUAGGGAUCCUAAAGCAAACCGUCAGCUUGCACUAAUAUUUAUGAAACUACCCAACAAAAUUGAAUACCCCGACUACUACGAGUUGAUAAAGAAUCCAAUUGACAUGGAGAAAAUAGCACACAAAUUAAAAAACAACGCUUACAAUUCUGUAAAUGAGCUGGCGUCCGACUUUAUACUGAUGUUUGAUAAUGCCUGCAAGUACAAUGAACCAGACUCCCAAAUUUAUAAAGACGCAUUGAUAUUGCAAAGGAUGUGCCUUCAAACUAAACAGAUGCUCAGGGAAGAUGAUGAUUCGGUACCUGAUGUACCGGCAGCCGUACAAGAGCUUCUACUCAAUCUGUUCACUACAGUUUACAACCACCAAGAUGAAGAGGGAAGGUGUUAUUCAGACAGCAUGGCUGAGUUGCCCGAACACGAUGAAGCGAGUAACGGCGAAAAGGUGCGAGCAAUAUCGCUCGACCUUGUUAAGCGUCGACUGGACAAGGGUCUUUAUAAGAGGCUCGACCACUUUCAACAGGAUAUGUUUGCUGUUUUCGAAAGAGCUCGCCGUCUCUCUCGCACCGACAGCCAGAUCUUUGAAGACUCUGUAGAGCUGCAAUCGUACUUCAUAGAACAACGCGAUUAUCUAUGCCGCAAUACACUUCACUCGCCAGCACUUUCAUUUACAAGAGACACAUUGACUACUAGUGUGGAGUUAGUUAAACAAUGUAAGCUGCUACAAGAAAAUGAGGAUGAAGAUGAAACUAGAUCUAGUACAGACGAUUCGAUGCCGGCCGGUAGCGCUCCGCUCCAACAGACUCAGUAUAACAAAGGGGACUUCGUGUAUGUCUUACCGGAAAAGGGCAACAAGGACCCCAGUAUAGUGCAGGUAGAAAGAGUCUGGACUAAUAAGGAAGGGGUACCUAUGAUGUAUGCCAACGUCUACUACAGGCCUCUAGACACAUUCCAUAUAACAACCCGCAAGUUCCUUCACCAAGAGGUGUUCAAGACGGAAGCACAUCGCACCGUUCCCUUGGAUCAAAUCAGUGGUCAUUGCUAUGUGAUGAACGUCAAAGAAUAUUUCAAGUAUAGGCCUCAAGGCUAUGCUGAUAAAGAUGUAUACGUUUGCGAGAGUCGCUACAACACCAAGCACCGCUGGUUCAAAAAAAUCAAAGUGUGGGAAGGUGCCGAAAAGGAAGCUACACUUAUUCCCAGAGAUGUCCCAUUGGAGCCCAACCGUACCGUGUCUGUAUUUAGAGAACGCGUAGAGAAACACAAAGACGAAUUGGCGGAACUCGAAAUAUUGGAGAACAUCCAAGAGAAGGAGAGACCAGACGUGGUGAUGUAUAAUCCGCUUGGAACUGACGAUGAAAAUACAUACUACGAACAAUACAACACUGUGUGCUCUGGCGUGAUCAAGACCGGUGACUACGUGUACGUAGUUACUGAUGGUGGAAAACAAUUGAUCGCACAAGUUGACACCAUUUGGGAGACUGGCGACAACAAGUGUUACUUCCGUGGUCCCUUCCUGAUAUUCCCAUCGGAAGUUGCCAACAUUAUUAACAAGCCUUUUUACAAGCAAGAGGUACUUCUGACGACCAUGCAUGAUACCAGCCCGUUGGUGGGUAUAGUGGGCAAGUGCUCCGUGUUAGACUACGAUGAUUAUCUCAAGAGCCGUCCGACAGAGAUAGCGGAAGGUGAUGUAUACUUAUGCGAAUCAGUAUACGACGAAUCCAACCGCGUUGCUCGCAAACUCAAGAUGGGUUUGCGCAAGUUCGAACACACGAAGGAUGUCACAGUGGAUGAGAUUUACUACUUCCCUAAACCGCUGGGCCCUCCGCCGCUAGCGAGCUCGCACGACGUCCAGUCAUCAUCGAGCGCCUUUGGUCAAAAGCAGUCCCACACCAGUGUCAACAUUGACUCGAUGGCACAACCGCAGUUCACAAACUUGAUUAACACUACGAUCGGGAGCCAGGACGUGGAGAUGUUGCUAGAAAAUUCUCUUGACGACUCCUCUCUAGCCUCACCGGCCACCCCACUGUCAAUAGGUGGCAACAGCAAUCCAUACAAUCCGUCAAUGACAGCGACUCCUAGUCAGGAGCGUACCACCAAUCCGACGGCCACGCCUGCCUCAAGUAAGAAGAAGAAGGAACAAAAGCAGAAGAUAGUCACCGGCUAUAUAUUGUAUUCCAGUGAAGUGCGUAAAGCUAUUGUCGCGAAUAAUCCUGACUGCACAUUCGGUGAGAUAUCUAGAAUCGUUGGUAACGAGUGGCGCUCAUUGCCCGCGUCCACGAAGCAGAGUUGGGAGGAGCGAGCUAAAUCUUGCAACGAGGAGACUUCCGCCAAACUAGCUGAGGAAAUGAGGGAACUAUCGCAACAUACGCCGAUGGAACAGACGUACGAAUGUGCGUGGGAAAACUGCGAUUAUCAAUUUGAGGAGCUGACGGAUUGUAUGGAGCAUUGCAUCGGUGAAGGCGGCAAUAGUUCGUCGUCAGCGGGUCACAUCCAGCAAUUCUACCGCGGCUCGUUCUCGGAGUACCCGUGCUUGUGGCGGAACUGCGCGCGCGUGCGUAAGGGACAGGCGCCCUUCCCCAACCUGCCGCGACUACUGAGACACGUCAGGGAUCUCCACAUCAACAAGGGCAACGGGAAACCGAUGCCCAUACAUGAGCGGUCUAGAAAUUUUGUUCCCUCUACGAAGAAACCACCGAAGACGUAUGCCGUCAGCUCUCGCAGUGGAGUCCUGUCCCCUGGGGGUCUGUCGCCGCUGGCUCGCAACAGUCCGUCGCCGGGCGCGGGCGGGGGCGCGUGUAUCGGGCCCGGGGGCGGGGGCGGCGCGGGCGAAGUGGCGGGCGCGCUCGUCACCGGCGCGCGGCACGGCCUCGAGCCGCUAUUCGUGACCGCGCCGCCGCGCGCGCAGCGGGUCACGCACUCGGAGGCGUACAUACGGUACAUAGAGGGAUUGCACUCUGAGCAAAAAUACAUCACUCCAUGGGAGAAAUCCUUAACACCGAUGCCGCUAAACCCCGAUCCAGCGCAGUACAACAUGCACAAGCUCCCAGCUCAUUGGAUGACUGAAGAAGCGGUCAGCGGCUACUUGGCCCAAGAUAAAAGUCUUUCAGAAACAGAUAUACAGAAGAUGGACAACAACACUAAAAUAUUAAAAGGCCUAUGCGCCUUGAGAGAUUUUAUGAUGAGAGAUGCUUUGAAUAUCUACAAGAAUGUGUGA